AUGCAGUCCCGGUGCCGCAGUGCCGGGUGCCGGUUCCCGGUGCCGUUCCCGGCUCCCGGUCCCGGGUGCAGUCCCGGUGCCGCAGUGCCGGUGCCGCAGUGCCGGUUCCCGUCCCGGUCCCGUCCCGCUGCAGUCCCGGUGCGGUCCCGCUGCAGUCCCGGUCCGGUUCCGCUGCAGUCCCGGUCCCGUCCCGCUGCAGUCCCGGUGCGGUCCCGAUCCGGUUCCGCCGCAGUCCCGGUGCGGUCCCGGUUCGGUGCCGGUUCGGUCCCGCUGCAGUCCCGGUCUGGUUCGGCUGCAGUCCCGGUGCGGUCCCGGUUCGGGGGCCGGUCCGGUUCCGCUGCAGUCCCGGUUCGGUGCCGGUCCGGUCCCGCCGCAGUCCCGGUGCGGUCCUGGUUCGGUGCCGGUCCGGUUCCGCCGCAGUCCCGGUGCGGUCCCGGUUCGGGGCCGGUCCGGUUCCGCCGCAGUUCCGGUGCGGUCCCGGUGCGGUCCCGGUCCGGUUCCGCCGCAGUUCCGGUGCGGUCCCGGUGCGGUCCCGGUCCGGUCCCGCCGCAGUCCCAGUGCGGUCCCGGUUCGGGGCCGGUCCGGUCCCGCCGCAGUCCCAGUGCGGUCCCGGUUCGGGGCCGGUCCGGUUCCGCCGCAGUCCCGGUGCGGUCCCGGUUCGGGGCCGGUCCGGUACCGCCGCAGUCCCGGUGCGGGUCCCGGUCCGGUUCCGCCGCAGUCCCGGUGCGGUCCCGGUUCGGUGCCGAUCCGGUUCCGCCGGUGCGGUCCCGGUUCGGUGCCGGUCCGGUCCCGCCGCAGUCCCCGUGCGGUCCCGGUUCGGUGCCGGUCCGGUCCCGCCGCAGUCCUGGUGCGGUCCCGGUGCGGUCCCGGUCCGGUACCGCCGCAGUCCCGGUGCGGUCCCGGUUCGGGGCCGGUCCGGUCCCGCCGCAGUCCCGGUGCGGUCCCGGUUCGGGGCCGGUGGCCGGCACUGGGCCGGGCCGGGCCGGGAUUGGCUGGCCCCGCGCCACCGGCCCCUCCCCGGCCCUCGCCGCUAUAACGGCCCCGGGCGGCCCCGCGGCCCCGCAGCGCCGGCCCCGAGCAGCGAUGGGCGAGUGCCGGGGGCUCCCGGCGCUGGCCAUGGUCGCCCUCCUGGUCGUGGCCACCGUGACGGCCGAUGAGCCCUCGGGCCCCCUGGACGUGGCGCUCUCGGCGGAGGGACAGACCCCAGAGCCCGCCGGCCCCGCCAAGCUGGAGGCGUCGGGAGAGAGUGAUCUCAGCACCUCGGCGCAGCACCUGGGUAAAGGUGUGACGUCAGUGGCCUUUCCGGGCUCCCCGCUGGCCACGGAGCCCCGGGACCCCUCCCCGGGGGGCGACUCCGACCCCGAGAGCGGCUCCGUCAGCGCCCACCCCCCUGCGGGGGGGGCAACCAAGGUCCCAUCCCGGAUGUUCCCUCCCAGUCCAGCGAGUCCGAGGAGGGCGGGGAGCGCGACCCGGACUCCGAGGAGGCUCUGGCGUCCCAGGGGAUCUGAGGCGGCCGCUCCCCAUGGAUUCUCCCGCGGGACCUUCCCGAACCUUCCCUGGACCCCCCGUGACCCCCCCGUGACCCCCCCCCGGUGUCCUUGUGGGGUGACCCCGGCCCGGGGGGGGGUCCCUGGGGGUGGCCCGGACCCCUCCCCACACCCCCCCCCCCAAAUAAAGUCCCUGCAGAGCCACCCGCGCCACGGGCCGUGGGGGAGGGGCGGGGUGGGGGAGGGGCGAGGGGACACUGGGGGGGGGGGUCCCGGGCUUCCCAUGGAUCCAGCUUGGAAAAAUUUGGGAUCGUCCCUCCCUGUCCAGCGGGAUCCCAGGGAUCGGGAGGGGAGCGAGGGGAUCCCCCCCCCCCCCCAAAAAAAUGCUGGGUGGCCUCAGAGAUAAAUUUGGAGGUCCUGU